AUGACUUCCACACGACGAAAUGCCCAGCCUCUUCCUUGUGAACCUUGUCGCAAGGCCAAGGUCCGCUGCGACAACACCAUCCCGCAAUGCCAGAACUGUACGCGUCGUGGCAAGGGGGACAAUUGUGUCUAUCUCUCGGCCCCAGUUACUCGGACGUGGUACUCAGACAAUGCCCCCUCGCCCACCGCAUCUCCCCGUCCCCAACCCCGCCCGGACUCGGCCCUUCAGAGUGGGCCUUCGCCCAGCGGCGAUGAGAAGCUAUCCGUCGAUUUCACCAACAACUCGGCCGUUUUUAGCGACAUUGGAGACCAAUUCAAACGGUCCCUGGUCAUCGAUGCUCCCACGGCGGCUCGGCCCGAUCCGAAGCAAAUACAACUCGGAGCCCGACUGCUGGCGUUGUUGUUCGACAACUUCCCGCUCUACGAGCGACUGGCUGAGACGUCGGUCGAGGUGUGGCCAGAGGGAUGCGUCCUGGGCCACCGUCUGAUUAGCGGCAUGUUUGAGGCUUUGGACGACUUGCACGGAGCGCUGACUUCAGAUCCGAACAACACGAAGGACCUGCAGUCCAGCCUGCUUCGCUGGUCCCAGAAGAUUUUCGACGACAGCUCCAAACCCCUCGCUGUUCACCCCGCCAUGUCCCCGGAGGACUACAUCCGCCGUAUCUCCGGGAGGUGGGAGGGUAUUGGACUGGUCUUUACCGUCGUGGGCCAAGGUGCCAUGCUUGAACGCGACUGGAGAUCGGUCCGUGCGAAUGAUGGAAGCGUACCAAGGGACCAGAAGUCUCUCGCGGCUCAAGCGAUCAGUGGAAGCGAUGCCUGCCUCCAGUUCUGCGAUCUCUCCAGCGCGGUGAACGACUCCCUGGGUUGGUUGCUUUUUCAACACAUUCACCUUCUGACCUUGGUCUCUGGCGAGAAUGAUCCUCGAGCGUGGAGAAGGCUAGCCGAUCUAUCGACAACGGUCUUUACACUCAGUCACAACCCGCCCGAAGACAAACGCAUCCCUUUCUUUUUGCUUGAAUUGCGUAAGCGACUAAUUGCAGGAGCAUACAGCAUCGACAAGCAGCUGGCAACAUUCCUGGGACGGCCUCCUCAGAUUAGCUGGCGCUACUACGAUGUACAGUUCCCCCUGGACUUGAGCUACGAUGAAAUUUUGGCGGAGCCAAAGGUCCGCGAGGCGGCCAUCAGCCAGCUUGAUAAAACUGGCUGGAACACUCAAGGCAUCGUUGGACAGGCGGCGUGGAUGCGCAUUGCCCUUCUCAUUGGCUCUACAAGAGAACAGAUCCUCGAGCUGUCUCUCAGUCGUCGUAUUGAGGAGUUGCCACGCAAAGUCCAGGAGGUGUCGCAACAGUCUCACAAGACAUGGAAUGACCUACCAGGCUUCCUUCGCUGGCGUCCUGGUGACUCGGACUCGAAUGACAGCAGUGUCCUUGUUCCGUUGUAUCUCAACUUUCUCUACAAUGACUUUCUCCUCUACCGUGUGCUUGUCCGACGGUCGCAAUCCGGAUCCGAGGGUCUAAUCAGUGUGUCACAGAACAUACUCGGCACGAUUCUCGAGCUGAUCGGCAAGGAGAUCGGGUCGAGAACAGGUACCUACAAUGUUGGAUGGAAUGCCUCUUCUUUUGGAAUUCCGGCGGCCGGCGUCUUGGCAAUCGAGCUGCUAUGCCAGUCCGAGUCCCAGUCACAACUCCCUCCGAGCACCUUCCGGCGAUCGGAGGUCAUCCAGAAACUGACCGUCUUCGCUUCGCACCUGCAGUACGUUGUUCGUCCGCAUGACGGGAUGUAUGACGUCUGCCAGCGGGCGCGAAAGGUCAUCUCCAAUAUCCUGGAUCGCAUCCUGACGGUCAAUCCUCCUCCUUUGCCUGCAUCCCUGCCGGCCGAUGUACUGGCGACCAAUUGGUUGAAUGGAGAGACGGUUGUCUUGGAUGACGGGACCGACCUUUUCCGGUGGCUGGACGGCCACUACUCCGACGCCUCCCGACGGGGAUCAUGGGCUUGA